GGCAGAGCCCCACCACAGCACUGCUGAGUACUAAACCGCCGGCGCCCUUCUCAAUAUUACAUUUUUUGCUAUUUGGAGCUUAUAAACCAAACAUUUACACGCUGUACUAAAUACUAAUACUGCGGUCGGCCAUCUUGUCAUAAAGCUAUAUGUGACGCUGUGAGGAGAGUCACGACAUUUCAAGUAGUCCUAUUCUAGCGGCUUCGGCGGAAGGUUACCAAAUCCACCUAUAUAAACAAGACCCCUUUGUGUUUGCGACACACUUCUUACAGACUACGGAAGAGAGUGGUCGCUUUAUUUCGGCGUCCUGCAGACAUAGUGUUCCAAACAUGCAGAUUUUUGUGAAGACUCUCACUGGGAAGACAAUCACACUAGAGGUUGAACCAAGUGACACCAUUGAGAAUGUAAAGGCAAAAAUUCAGGAUAAGGAAGGCAUUCCACCUGACCAGCAGAGAUUGAUCUUUGCUGGCAAGCAGCUAGAAGAUGGCCGUACACUCUCAGAUUACAAUAUUCAAAAGGAGUCCACCUUGCACUUGGUUCUCCGUCUUAGAGGUGGCAUGCAAAUCUUUGUGAAGACCCUGACUGGCAAAACAAUUACCCUAGAGGUGGAGCCAAGUGACACAAUUGAGAAUGUUAAGGCUAAGAUUCAAGAUAAAGAAGGUAUCCCUCCUGACCAACAGAGAUUAAUCUUUGCAGGUAAACAGCUGGAGGAUGGGCGCACUCUGUCUGACUACAAUAUUCAGAAAGAAUCCACUCUGCACUUGGUGUUGCGUUUAAGAGGAGGUAUGCAGAUUUUUGUGAAGACCCUGACAGGCAAAACAAUUACUCUUGAGGUUGAACCUAGUGACACCAUUGAAAAUGUGAAAGCUAAAAUCCAAGACAAGGAAGGGAUUCCUCCAGACCAGCAGAGAUUGAUCUUUGCUGGCAAGCAGCUAGAAGACGGCCGUACACUCUCAGAUUACAAUAUUCAAAAAGAGUCCACCUUGCACUUGGUUCUCCGCCUUAGAGGUGGCAUGCAAAUAUUUGUGAAGACCCUGACUGGCAAAACAAUUACCCUAGAGGUUGAACCUAGUGACACCAUUGAGAACGUAAAGGCAAAAAUACAAGACAAAGAAGGCAUUCCUCCUGACCAACAAAGAUUGAUUUUUGCUGGCAAACAGCUUGAAGAUGGUCGCACUCUCUCAGACUAUAAUAUUCAAAAAGAAUCUACUCUGCACUUAGUUUUGCGUCUUAGAGGCGGUAUGCAAAUCUUUGUGAAGACCUUGACUGGCAAAACAAUUACCCUAGAGGUGGAGCCAAGUGACACAAUUGAGAAUGUUAAGGCUAAAAUUCAAGAUAAAGAGGGUAUCCCUCCUGACCAACAGAGAUUAAUCUUUGCAGGUAAACAGCUGGAGGAUGGGCGCACUCUGUCUGACUACAAUAUUCAGAAAGAAUCCACUCUGCACUUGGUGUUGCGUUUAAGAGGAGGUAUGCAGAUUUUUGUGAAGACCCUUACAGGCAAAACAAUUACUCUUGAGGUUGAACCUAGUGACACCAUUGAAAAUGUGAAAGCUAAAAUCCAAGACAAGGAAGGAAUUCCUCCAGAUCAGCAGAGAUUGAUCUUUGCUGGUAAACAGCUUGAAGAUGGUCGCACCCUUUCAGACUAUAACAUCCAAAAAGAAUCUACUCUGCACUUAGUCUUACGUCUGAGAGGUGGCAUGCAGAUCUUUGUGAAGACCCUGACUGGCAAAACAAUUACCCUAGAAGUGGAACCCAGUGACACCAUUGAAAACGUUAAAGCUAAAAUUCAAGACAAAGAAGGGAUUCCUCCAGAUCAGCAGAGGUUAAUCUUUGCUGGAAAGCAACUAGAAGAUGGUCGCACUUUAUCAGACUACAAUAUUCAGAAGGAGUCUACUCUGCACCUUGUCUUGCGCUUGAGGGGUGGUAUCUGAAGCUUGACAAUCAAGUGUUGCUUUCUUUCUGAGCGUUCUCAAUAUUGCUUUUAAUUGCACUUUGUUUCAAUAAAGUUACUGCAUUCCAACAAA